AAGUCAACGAGAUCAUCUCCCAUUUCCGAGCCGAUUAUCUUUGAUUCGUAUAAAUAAUGCUCCAUCUAUUAGACGUCUUAUCAAUACGGUUACAAUGGGCAUCUGGAUAGCAUGUGUCACUGUUCUUCUUGUAGUCCUCGUGGAGGUUAAUGCGGGCGGCAAGUACUGUCGAAAAGAUCUAUGCCCCCGUGGAGGUCCUCACGUUGGAUGUAAUCCACCACCAUUUUCCGGUGGUCCAACAUGCCGUGGUAAGCAGAACGCAAAGAAGGUCCCUCUAACACUCGCCCUGCGAACGUUCAUUGAGGAUGAGCACAAUCUUAACCGUUCCAACAUUGCACUGGGAAGGAUAUCGCCCUACCCGAAAGCUGUGAAGAUGCCAACACUUACCUGGGAUGAGGAACUUGCCCAGCUGGCUGAUGCGAAUGCACGUUCAUGUAACUACGGUCACGAUAGGUGCCGUGCUACGGACAAAUUCCCGUACGCGGGACAAAACAUUGCCAUCACACAAUUCUUUGGAUAUCGGUUUACGCAGAAGGACAUCAUCCAUAAGUUCAUCUCGAGCUGGUGGGGUGAAUAUUUGGAUGCACAUCCGGAACAUAUUAAAAAGUAUCCGUCAUCGUACAGUGGAAAACCCAUCGGUCACUUCACACAGAUCGCUAGCGAUCGUAGCACGAAGGUGGGCUGCUCCUUGUGGUACUGGAAGGAUGGACAGAUGGAUGUGUACUAUUUCGUGUGUAACUACUCCAUGACGAACAUUAUGGAUCGCUCCGUAUACCAGUCUGGACCAACUGGUUCACAGUGCACAAAACGAAGGAACCCCAAAUUCCCCGGACUUUGUAAUCUCAAUGAAGAACCACGUUCUAUUAUGGAUCCUUAAGUACUAAUCUUGAAGAAUUUAGUCGAAUCGUAGCUUGAUAAUUGUUUGUAUCAUUCACCAAGAAACGGAAACUUAAGAAUGUAGCUCCCAAUAUUAUGUUACACAAAGAACUUCAAGCUAAUCUGCUAAUCUGACCCAUUGCAAUCGAUAUCCUAUCAGUCCCGAAAUACAAAAAAAAUGCACUCUUAAUCAUGUGAUGAUUAUCAUGUUUCCUUACCCACGAAUCUGACCACUCGUACGAACAAUGAAGUGAACAGCUUCAGGCACUUCCGUA